AUGCUGCACAGUGCCAGUCUUUUGCUUGUGUCGCUCCUUGCGGCACUGCCUGUUAACGCUGAUGGACUAUACACCAAGAAUUCGCCGGUGAUCCAGUUGAAUGCCAAAACCUACAACUCGUUUAUUGCGAAUUCGAAUCAUACCUCGAUCGUCGAAUUCUACGCGCCCUGGUGCGGCCACUGCAAGAACCUCAAACCUGCCUUCGAAAAAGCCGCGAAAAACCUUGACGGACUCGCGAAAGUCGCCGCGAUCAACUGCGACGAUGACGAAAACAAACCCUUCUGCGGACAGAUGGGUGUCCAGGGCUUCCCGACCCUGAAAAUCGUGACCCCUUCCAAAAAGCCCGGAAAGCCCCGUGUCGAGGACUACCAAGGCGCGCGCAGCGCCAAAGGUAUCGUCGACGCAGUCGUCGACCGCAUCCCCAACCACGUGAAGCGCGCAACAGACAAGGACCUGGACAAAUGGCUUGGAAAAAACGAGGACAGGCCCAAGGCCAUCCUCUUCACAGAGAAGGGCACAACCGGCGCGCUGAUCCGCGCCCUGGCAGUUGACUUCCUCGGCGCAAUUGACAUCGCCCAAGUACGGAACAAAGAAUCCGCCUCUGUGGAGAAGUUCGGCGUGACCGAGUUCCCAGCGCUUGUCCUCAUCCCUAGCGCCGACGCCGAGCUCAAGAUCUACACUGGCGAGCUGAAGAAGAAGCCUAUCACCGAGUUCCUGAGCCAAGCGGCGACACCCAACCCAGACGCGUCACCCCGCUCCGCCUCCAACUCCAACUCCAAGUCCAAGCCAAAGUCCAAGCCCGCUUCCAAACCUACCUCUAUCGUCGACGACGCCGAAGAUCUCAAACCUACCGCCUCCGAGGACCAAGACACAACAGACCCCUCCGCUAAGCCGGUUCAGGUCCCCAUUCCCGCACCCCCAAUCCCAACCCUCUCAACCCCCGAAUCCCUCGAGUCAGCCUGUCUCGCACCAAAGUCCGGCACCUGUGUGCUAGUCAUCCUCCCCGAGGCGAGCGAGCCCGACGCCGCGCUUUCAGCGCCUGCCACCGAGGCGCUCGCAAGCCUCGCUGAGAUCGGCCAUAAGCACGCUCAUCGCGGAACGCAUCUCUUCCCGCUGUAUGCUGUCCCUGCUAUCAACAGCGGGUCUAAGAAUCUGCGUGAGGCGUUGGCAUUGGCUGAUGGCCAGACGGUUGAGAUUAUCGCGUUGAAUGCGCGUCGCGGCUGGUGGCGUCGGUUCAGCGGUGCCGAUGCGGACUUCGGGGCUGUUGCUGUUGAGUCUUGGGUUGAUGGCAUUAGGUUGGGUGAGGGUGCUAAGGAGAAGUUGCCUGAGGGUAUUGUUGUCAGUGUUGAGGCUGAAGCUGAACCCGAGGCCGAGGUUAAGCCUGAGGCGGAAGCUGAGGCUGAGGCUGAGGCCGAGGAACAGGAAGUGGAGCAUGAUGAGCUGUGA